AUGCGCGAGAGGCGGAGGAAUAAUCCGUUGCGCCUCGUCGUCGCACUAGUUUCAAUAGCAGCUUUAGUACAAGGUUCGUGCCAAAACUGCUCGGGAAAGUGUGACAAUCCCAUAGAAAAUAUGAAACCCGUGGAUUACAAAACCCGUAGAGUCAAAUCCCGUAGAAAAAUGUCAAAUCCCGUAGAAAUGGGCGCGACAUGAAAAUUUGACAGAACGAUUAAAAAAUUCCUUGAGGAGUCCAAUAUUCUGAGUUUUCUGCAUUUUGGCGUAUCUGUGUUUGCGUACUUAUUUCUACGGGUUUCGAGACAUUAUUCUACGGGAUUGUCACACUCUCCUGCUCGGAUUCUAACUUUCAUUAUUUCAGCCGAAAUCCAGCCCCGCUUCUCUUGCUACAACCACUUUCUCGCUGGCUUCCGCAUUAGUUCUGUCCUUCCGAUUGCCGGCCAUCAUUCGUCGGUUCCUUCGAUCGUCCAAUGCACAUUUGAGAAUGAUGUGGCAUUCACAGAAGUCCACUCGGCUCUAGAGAAUCCUUAUCAGGUCAUGGGCAAGAAAUCUGUCAACUUCCAGUGAGUGCUCACUUUUUCGAAGUAUUCUUCAGACGGAAGUUUCAGAGUGCUGGACCUAUAUCAUCUCCGUGAAAUCGUCCGUCGCUCGCAAUGCACUCAGACUCUGACUGUCACCUGGAAAAACACUCCGGAAGCAGGAAAAGGAGCGAUCCGAGUGGUUUCCCUUCUCAAUGAAACGACGAGAAUCGAGUACAGUGGAGGUGGGCUCACAGUCGUCUCAGCUAUUCUCUAAUUCUCUCAAAUUCAGAUGAACGCCAAGACUUUUUCUUCGACGAGGCGUUCGCAGGCGUCCGUCACUUGAUUCCAGAUGAAGAAGACUACGAUUCCAACCCGACAGUUACCACAACUCGUCUUCUUUGCAAGCAUGUUCCUCAGCCGGAGUGCCUCGUUCAGGGAAAGUUCGAAGUGGAUCUGGAGGCCAACCUUGAGUGGAGCUACGCGUUCGCUUUCAAGACGGACUCCACCAACCAGACCCUCUUCUCUCUUCGAUGCGGUUCCACCAAUUCUGAAUUCCGACUGGAGAACGACUUCUUCAUUCGGAGUGACCUCGAUCUUCCGGUAGCUGUUGGUCAUCUUUCGGAUUCCACCUGGCAUACUGUGGUUGUGAAACACAGUGAGCCUGAUAAACACUUUGUGAAGAUUGACAAUAGUCGGGAGAUUGAGUUGAUCAAGUCGUUGUACGAUAAAAUAGACAAGUAAGUGUUGGAUGAUGUCACCGGAAGUACCCCUCCUACUUUCAGAACUGUCACCCUCACGAUCGCCGUCAACGGAAAUAUUCAAUUGAUCGAUCCGACUGACACAAACGACGACUGCAUGUACAGUUUCGACAAACCGCAGAAGCGACUGCAAGAGUGAGUUCUUUAAUUGACUGCCAUCCGGAAAAGAAUGCGAAUGUAUGUUACGAUCGGAAGUUUUGUAGGACUGUGAGCACUCACGCGAUGUGUAUCGGCUGUGGGUGCACCAAGUUGAGCGGAGUAUUCGAAGGGCUCAGCAAGUGUGACAGCGACGAGGAGGGCGCAUUCACCCUGCGGAGAGACCUCGACAGACUGUCCUUCCUUCACUUCGACGACGCGUUCGACGUGGAUUCCAACAAAGCGGCCCUUCCUGCCCUCUCCGCUAGCUUCAAAUCUGAUUCUGACGUCGGAUUGAUCUUCUUUGGAUACUGGCAGAAUACAAACGCGAAGGGACGUCUUCAAGUUUAUUAUCACUAUGAUGCGAUCUCCGCCGUUUAUUGCACGCACGAGGAAGAUGAAGAGUGCUCCGGGUGCACAAUCAAGAACGGCCGCGGAUUCGGAAGAGAUGAAUGGGUCCAGGCGAUCCUUUGGGGAGCCGCCGACGAAAUGUAUCUGGCCGUGGACUCUUCCAUCUGCCGUCUUCGACAAUCCUCGAAUGUCAGUCUGGCGGAAGUCUACGCGAUUCCACAAAUAUCUCACGGGGCAGGCCUGUUCGUCGGUGGGACAUGGCACGAAAAGAAGCGGAGAGGGCUGUACAGAAUGGAAGCCGAGCAAAAGUACUUUGAAAACACACGAGAGAAGGUGCCAGUGCUUAGAGGAUGUGUAAAGGACAUCUUUGUCCGGGGAGCAAAGAUGGAUCUGUCGGCGAGUUACGAUGUUCAGAAGAAUGCGAUGCUCAACGAGCCCUCCGACGUGAACGCGUUCGCAGUGCGGAAAGACUGUCAAAGUUGUGUUCCCACGUGCUCCGAUAGCACGAGAUGCCGUUACCAGGGACCUUUGCAGUCGUCUCCGAUGAUCUGUGACUGUGCGGACGCCUUCCAGUUCAACUCCUCCGAAGGCAACUGUGAGAAGAAGCUAGGUAACUAUUACAGCGUUGGAUUAAAUUAAAAACCAGUUUCAGAUGCCACUCCGAUCGUCCUUUCCACUGCUUUCUUGUCACAGAGUCAGAUUGUGCUCGAUGUGCAGAACACGAAAGCAGUGCUCAGCAAAGUGUGGCUCAAGUUUGCACUUCCGAAGCAGGUCAAGCAAGCACAGACUAUCGUGGAGUUCAAUUCGCACAGAGAGACACUGUGAGUGGCUGCUCAAUGAGUUUUGAAGUUAUAAUGCUGAUUUCAGGUUCAAUAUAAUCGUGGAUACGGAAGGUUCUGUCCAUGUGAAGCUUCACGGACAAGAAAGUGCUUCUCGUGAGUUCAAAUGGAUUUCCGACUGAUCCCACGUCACUCUUUCCAGGUCAACUCGAUCUUCUUGAUGACCGUGUUCACCUCCUCCAGCUGCAAAGACGCACUCCAAUGGGAACUCGACACUCGGCCAAAAAGUACGAUCUCUAUGUAAGUUCUACUCUUUUCCAUUGCAUUCUCAACCAGAGAUUGGCGCGGAGCGUAGCGACCACGCGGGAAAAGCGACUAGUGCGAAUUCACUAAAGCCUUUUCGGCGGCUCCGCCGCGAUUUUCGGGAUACGGUGUCCUUCACUUUAGCUGUGUCGGGGCGUUUGGCUUGAAAUUAAAUCGCACAGCCGAAAUGAUCGACACCGUAACCCGAAAGUCGCAAAAGUUUGAGUGAUUUUCGCGCCAAAACGCUUACCGUCGCCGUUCGCCCAUCUCUGUUCUCAAUGGCCUUCUCAGAUCGAUGGCUGGCACACGGUGGUCUCUGACAUAGGAAAGCUCGUUCUCAACAAUGUUUCGGUCGCUGCCGCCGAGACGACGGACGAGUGGAGUUCAGUGAUUGUUCACGGUAACUCAAAAAGCGCACAUACAGUUCGACAUUUCAUUUUUGCAGACUUAGGCCUCUCGUACGAGUACGAUGAGCACUUCGCCGUCCUGAAUCCGUUCAACGUCAUCCAUCAGGUCGACUUGCAUUCACAGCUUCUUCCGUUCCAAUUCCGUGCGCCGGACCUGUCCAAAACGGGAGUUCUUGAUGAUUCUCUGUGGCAGAAACCAAUCGUCGACCCAGAGUCGAACGGAUCUCCCGUCCUCGAGUCGUCUCCGCACGGAGAAGUCGUCGAUUUCACUGCCGAUAUCAUCGAGCCGGAGCAGCUUUGCAAGUUGUCCACGCUUUUCCUCUUUUCAAUAUUUUCUUCCAGUAUCCGCUCGCUGGCUCCUCUACUCCCUCUUCCUCACUGUCCUUCUCUGUUUGCUCAUCCUCAUGUGCAUCAUUUGUUACUGGUGUAUUCUGCGCCAACGCUCGAUGAGACGGACGGAUAGUGGAUCGCAAAGAACAAUUAUGAGGGACAGUCCGGACUAUGCGCCAGUCAAAAUGCGAAGAGACAGUCUGGGCGGAGUUUCGAUGGACGAGGAUGGCUCGAUCGGAACGGACGACACCGAUCUGCAGGCGUACAGAGACAUUCCCUCGCACAGAGUCAAGAUUUACAGAGAAUCGGUGAGUCGCCAGGGGUUCCGUGCCCUCAUUCGUUCCCUUUCAGAUGGUCUCCAUUUUGGUCCCUUCGAUCGAUCAGCCUGCCGAAGCGGCGAUAGUGAAAAGGACGCAUUCGAACGCUUCCGAUCAGAUUCCCUCCCGGAGAGCAGCUGACUCGCACGCGCCCCUUGUUCUAGUCAACGACGACUGA